UCUCACACAGAGAGCACAUCAGCUAACCCAGUCUGGUGUUCAGAAAAAAAGGCAUCAUUAUGUCCAGUCAACGAGAGGACACCUGCGCCAAGGAAAAUCAACUGCAAACACCUGACCAGGAUCAUGGCUUGACAAGACACAAACAGUUUUCCCCGGGCCAUGCUCGUAAAUUUGGGUGGACGAGGAGAAACAAAGGCAGAAAGGACUUUAAAGAAGAGGAAAAUCCGGAGGAGAAGGCGAGGCGACACAAAGAGCAGGAGUUGAAGCCUCUGUAUAAAGAGCUGCUGUACACCAUUGCACAUAAGAUGGGGAAACCGUCGUACGCUGAGGUCUUCACAGACGGCCAGCUUCAACAGUACAUGCAGGAGGCUUUCGGUAUGACAGAAUCAGAGCACAGCAAUUUGAUGGCGAAAGUAGGGAGCACAGAGCCCCCGGUGUACUGUCUGAUGGCCACUGUAAAGGAGGCCAAGGGGAUCCUGGGAAAAGACGUCAGUGGUUUCAGUGACCCGUACUGCAUACUGACCAUAUUAGAAGAAGAGGCGGAGAAACGGACGCGCCACUCCGCCAAACCAGUGAAAUUCGUUGUCAAGGAUGCUGCAUCAAAUGACAAAAUCUACCAAACAGAGAUAAAGAAGCAGACCUUAAACCCUAUUUGGAACCAGACGUUCAUACUAGAAUUUGAAGAUAUGACCGGCGCUAGCUUUCAUCUUGAGAUGUGGGACAAGGAUGAAGACGUGUCGCUCUCUCAGAAACUAGAAGACAUCAAAACCAACUUUAACAGUUUAAGAAGGAUGAUCAAGGAGGCCAAAAAGGAGAAAGGGACUGAUGACUUUUUGGGAAAUAUCAUUAUAAAAUUACAGGCUCUCCACUGCACCGAGGACAACUGGCACAAUCUGGAGCCCCGGACAGAGACAUACCCUGACCGCGGCCAGUGCCAUCUCAACCUCAAGUUCAUCCACAAAGCUAGAGAUGGGACGCUGAGUCCUGGGCGCAAUGCGUACAUCAACUACUGCGGGAUUCUCCAGCAGUUCGUCCAGGCUUACAUCUCCAAGCAACAGGGUUCUGCUCCGUGGAAAGGGGCUCUGUGUGGCGAGGCUCAGACUCUGCUCGAACUUUACGCCACACAGAAUGACCUCUCGCCUUUUUUGCAAGACCUGGCGAAGUGGGUGGCUUACAGCAAGCUGUACCAGACUUUAGAGGUGGACUCGUCUGUGCUCCUCCAGCAGCUCACCAGCAUAGAGUACCACUGGCACCAGCAGGAGCUGCCGUACCAGCAGAAACAGGAACUCGGGGAUUCUCUUCACGGGUUCCUGCAGUACGGAUUGUGUCUGGUGGCCAAAUACAGAGACAUCUUCCCCCCGAUUGCUAGCUCUACUCCGAAACUACACACGCUGCUCAGGAUCUUGGUCCAGAUCUGUAAGACUCGAGCAUUUCAGAAACUGAACCCGGCGCAGUUCGAGCUUCACGAUGAAGUCACUGACGCCAUCCAGACGGGAACAGAGGAGUGGUUCACCAUCAAGAAGGGUUUGCAUCAGCCAAUGACCAAGGACCUGGCAGAGAUUGGCAGCGCCCUCUCCAGGUUGAUUGUGGAGGUGCAUGACGACAUAAAAAACAACAAGGACGUCUGGAACAGAGUGUUUGUCAGCGCUGUUCAAGUUGAUGUAUUCACCGUUGUCUACAAAAAGUUUGACUCCCUGCUCGCAAGGGAAAUCAGGGAAACGUUAUCCUUAAUGGAGGGUCAAAUGGACCAGAAUCUAUCCAAAAGCUUGUUCCCUGUUUACCUGACCCUGCAAGCAAUCCACAAAGACAAGGCCUUCUUACAGAAGAGGGGCUUGCUGGAGCUCACCAACCUUCACGAGGGAUUCAGAGACGCUCUGCCGUACUGGCUCAACCAGGCCUUCAGCACCACCCAGGACAGGGUGGAGAGGGCUGUGCAGGUGGACCAGCUCCAGCCGCUGCAGACGGGUGCGGUGCCCAUCAAACACAGCUCUUCAGCGGUGGACCUGGUGGCCUGCAUCCAGCCCAUCUGCCAGAUGUGGGAGCAGCUGUCCUGGCCCGACCCCGAGGAGGGCUUCAUGCUCAUGGUCAAACUCACUGAGGAUGUGUGUAAGAUUGUGGUGAACUACUGUCACCUCCUGAAGGACAGAGUCCGGGUUCUGUCGGAGAACUCCGACCACAGCAGCGCCAUCAACAUGCUGUGUGUGGUGGUGAACGACCUGGAGCACCUGCGCUCCGUGCUGACCCGGAUCCCCACUCAACUCAACUGGGCCGGUCUCCGCAACCGAACGCAGAGCGUCAUCGGGGAGAGCCAGUUCCACAACACGCUGCAUUCCCAGCUCCAGCAGGCCCAGAGCAUGCUGGGCCGAGAGAUCCGAUCAGCACUAGACACUCUCGGGAAAAGGUUAAACACAGACAUCGAGACACAUGUCAGGAGCAUGUCGACCAGACGGAGGAUUCCCUCCAAGUCCACAGAGGAUGCGGCGGCCCCUCUUAUGCGCUACCUGGAGCAAGAGCUGGCGUACAUGAAUGAAAACCUGGUCCAUGAGAACUUCAGCAGUCUCCUGAUGCCUCUGUGGAAUAACUCCCUGAAAAUCCUCCAUCACGUAUCGACUCAGCAUCCGCAGCAGGAGGGGCUCAUGGUGUUCUGUCAAAGGCUGCUGUAUACUCUGCAGUGCCUCGAGCAGUGCUUUCACGCCGAGGGAAAUGGCCUUCCUCUGAACACACUGCACUCCGGUGAAUACAAGACUCUGAAGGCGUACCUCACUCACAACUCCCUGAACAGCCAGCAGCUCAUGGAGAAGUUCUUUCACAGAAAAAUAAGUGAGCAGAGAGCGUACAGUGGAGAGAAAUACGGUGCAGUGACCCUGUGCACAGUCUACAGAAGAUCUGACCAACGGCUCCGGGUCGAAGUUCUGAACGCAGUCAACCUCUUACCAAUGGACUCUAAUGGUUUCAGUGACCCAUUUGUGGUCCUGAGUCUGGAGCCGAACCACAUCUUUCCUCAAGUAGAGCCUCGCAGCACCCAGAUCAAAAGAUGUGAUCUCAAUCCUCUUUUUGACGAGUCCUUUGAAUUCAUGGUGUCCCUGGACCAGUGCCUGGCUUCAGGUGCUUGCCUGAUGGUCACGGUUCUGGACUACGACACCCUGAGAACAGACGACUUCGAGGGCGAGGCCUUCCUGGCCUUCGAGGACAUACAGGGAGUUACUGGAGGAAACGAAGAGGAAGGCAGCUCCCAGCCAGACCCCAUGCCUUCCCAGAUACGCCUUCCUUUGAUGCACCCUAAACCUAAUGAGGACAGCAUCCUGAGGUUGCUGGAGUCCAGGAAAGGAGAGCGAGAGGCGCAGGCUUUCGUGAAAAGGCGACGGCAGCGGGAGAAACAGUCCCUGGAGGGCAAUCAGCCGUAACCAACACGCAGAGACACGUCCUUCCUCAAAAAAUAUACAAUUUGUUUUAAUGAUCAGUACCAAAAAACAAAAGGAACAAAAGAAAAGAAAAACACUCAGAAGGAAACACUGGUGUUGCAUGAGUUGUGUGAACAGUUUGCUGAGCAUGAGUUUACAAAAGACCAUCACAGUGAUCAUCCACACCUUCACACCGGCAUUUAAAACAUUUAU